AUGACACGGGCUCACUGUUUGGGCUACCUCUGGUGCCUUUUGUACCUUACAGUAGUUCCCUCGAAAGCUUACAAUUUGAACCGCAAGCACCUUGUUCGAAGAGACGCAGCAAUCUCGAACUCCCCCUCGGGAAACUACGCACCAGUCGUAGACCGCUGUCCGACUGACUUUUUCACCAGGCGACCGGACCAAGCUGAGGCACCACUUGGAAAGGCCGAGUCGGACUAUGUCAACACGAGAGCAGCACAAUCGAUACCCCUAUGGGAGGAAUACCUAGGCCGAGUGGGAUUAAAAGACUUCGACGUCAAAUCGUUUCUUUCCAAAGCGCAAAGCAGCGGCGGUCGGGCCGGAGAGACACUCCCUAACUUGGCGUUUUCCUUGAGUGGCGGUGGUGCGCGUGCUUUGUGUGUUGCGGCAUCGAUCCUCGAAGCCUUUGACAUAAGGAAUGAUAAGGCAAAAGAGGACAAAGUGGGCGGCAUUCUUCAACUAGCAAAUUACGUAGCAGGCGUAUCUGGAUCUAGUUGGUUGCUUGGCUCUUGGGCUACCUCGAACUUUCCCCGUGUUUCCACCCUCAACUGGAGGCUAGAUGAAGAAAAUGAUUUGUGGGACUGGAACGUUGCCAAGCACUUUCUCAAAGUCUACAAAAUAGUGAAAAAGAAGACACAAGCUGGGUUUCCCACUAGUGUUGUAGACGCUUGGGCUAUACUUUUGAAUCGACAUUUCAUAAACGAUCCGAGUAAUAAGGACCCCAAGACAGGCCAAGCGGUUCUCUGGUCUUCGAUCAGGCAAACGUCGGGAUACAAGGAGCGGAGCGCCCCUUUUGUUAUGGCGAUCGCCACAAGCCGGCCAGAGAAGAAAACAGCGUUCACCCCAGAGACCCCUAUAUACGAAUUCACACCUGAAGAAUUCGGUGUCUGGCAUCCUUAUCUUAACGUUUCGAUACCAAUCGACUACCUCGGUUCUCCCCCCGAGGCCUACAAAAGCCCAUCGACUUCAAGCUGUGUGAAAGGCUUCGAUAAUGCGGGAUUCGUCAUGGGCUUGUCUAGUAAUAUCUACUCUGCUGCGGAUGAUCCCAACAUAAACUAUCUUCCUUCAUUCAUAAGAGUGCUGGACAAAGUCGUGGAUGACGAUUCUUGGGAAGGAAAGGUACCAAAUACCUUCCAAGGCUUAGGGAAAGACGGAAAAUUUCAAGACGCUAAUCGGGACAUGCUGCUCAUCGCCGACUGUGGAUUGAUAAUGGAAAACGUCCCGCUUUUUCCAUUUCUUCAACCAUCUCGUAAAGUUGAUGUUAUCUUCGCAGUGGACUCAAGUGCCGAUGGUCUCCAGCCAUCCGACCCAUCUCAAUACGGAUACCCGAAUGGCACUGCGCUUUUCACCAUUUACUCGAAAACAUUACAGCCAGAUUUCAAGGGAUAUCCAAUGCCAAAGAUUCCCAAUCCUUAUGACGGAAGCUUCUCCAAAGCGGGAUACCAUGAACGACCAACAUUCUUUGGUUGUGAUGCGGGAACGAAGACUCCGCUGAUAAUUUAUCUGCCAAACUACUACAUGGUGGGAAAGACGAAUGUUCCAACUAAGGAAACAACAUACUCGAAAGAACGAUUGGAAGAAUUUUUCGAAAACGGACUAGCAAUAGCAUCGCAGAAUGCGCCAGGCAAGGGGGAUAAAGAGUGGCCCGCUUGUCUGGCAUGUGCCCUGAUUGACCACCAACUCCAACGAAAUUCACAAGCACGAACAAAACAAUGUCAAAAAUGUUUUGAUACUUAUUGCGCUCGGGUUUAA